AUGGAAUGGUUAAAAAUAACAUUAUUAAUGUGGAAAACGUCUGAGUCGUAUCUUAAUACAUUCACAAAAAUUUUCUUGGGAUUCUCGUGUGGCGUCAGAUUCCUCGUCUUGGCACCGCUAUUUUUAUUUGAGAAAGAGAAGCUUAAGCAAACUACAGUGGAUGAGAGGAGGGAAAUCAAUGCUGCAAUGUGUUUUCAUGCUUUUGGGAAUAAAAAAAAAUAUAUUUAUUGCAAAUAUCAUAUUUUACAAGUUCUCAGGUGUUUUUUAAACUAUGGCGAUGAAAGUUUACGACACGUGACGAACAAAAGCGCGAACAGUUCUUUGAAAAGUCAUGAUCAACAUUUACAAACAUAUAUUUGCCUUUUUCUUAUGUUGUUGCUUAAGGAAAAAGCUUCUGUUUUAAGAUUGAUACGAGAAUCGUGA